AUGGCAACACCUUCACUCCUUCGUUCAUUUCCAAUUCUAAUCAACAUCUUCUAUUCCAUAAUCUUCCUUCAACAUACAUCAUGCCUCAACAACCAAACCGAUUUAGAUUCUCUACUAGCAAUCAAAUCCGCCAUCACCAAUGACCCAUUCGGAGCUCUCGAUUCUUGGAACGAAACGACGCCCUUUUGCCUUUGGAACGGCAUCCAAUGCGGCCACAAGCACAACGAUAGAGUCGUUGGAAUAAACUUGAAGUCUCGAGGCUUGGUUGGAUCCCUCUCUCCUCACAUAGGUAACCUCUCAUUCCUUAGAACACUUCAUCUCCAUAACAACACAUUUCAUGGCCCCAUCCCUCAACAAAUUGGCCUCUUAACAAGGCUCCAAUCCCUCAUUCUUGAAAACAAUUCCUUUGUAGGUGAAAUACCUAAAAACUUAUCUCAAUGCUCCAAUCUUUUUCAUCUAAGUUUGGCAGAUAAUGAGCUCUCCGGCACCAUACCACCCGAUCUCGGGUCGCUGUCAAAGCUCAAAGCCCUAGUUUUAUCUAGAAAUAGUCUACAAGGGACAAUCCCUCCAUCUAUAGGAAACCUUACAUCAUUGAAACAAAUUUCUUUACUAAGUUGUGGGUUGAUAGGAGAAAUCCCAUCAUCAUUUUCACAACUUCAAAGACUCACAUUUGUACAAUUAAGUGACAACUUUUUUACCGGAAAUAUUCCAUCUCCUCUCUUUAACAUGUCAUCUAUUAAAUAUUUCUUCAUUGCAUCUAAUGAACUUAGUGGAAUAUUGCCCAAUACCUUAGGUGUCACACUUCCUAAUUUAGAAGGCCUAUAUUUGUGGGGCAACAACUUUAGUGGUCCAAUCCCAAUCUCCAUAGCAAACGCCUCACUUCUUGCACACAUAGACCUCUCUUUGAACCAUUUCGAAGGACAACUCCCACGAGUUGGUGCCUUAACUCUUCUCCAAUCCUUCAUCUUCGAGUCCAAUCUUCUUGUAGACGACAUGAGCUUCAUCACCUCGUUGAUCAAUUCGACCAAGUUGGAAGCCAUCGGUGUGUCCUACAACAAGUUGAGUGGCUCCUUGCCCGACUCCAUUGCCAAUCUCUCUACUCGGCUUAGUUCCUUAUUCAUUAAAGAAAAUAGGAUUCAAGGGAGAAUUCCUAUAGGCAUUGGCAACCUCAUUGACCUAACUAGCUUUGAUUUUUCUUACAAUGAAUUCCAUGGUCCGAUUCCAACCACCUUUGCAAAGCUCUCAUCUUUGAUCGAAUUUAAUGGACGUGGGAAUAGAUUGACAAAUUCACUUCCAAAUUCAUUUGGGAACUUCACUUCUUUAAGCACUUUAGACUUGUCUGAAAAUAGGUUUUGGGGUAACUUGCCUUCAAGCCUUGGGAAUUGCACCAAUUUGGGGAACUUGGAUCUCUCAUCCAACAAUUUUACUGGCUUAGUGCCUCAAGAAAUUAUGUCCCUUUCAUCACUUUCUAUAGCGCUCAAUCUCUCUCACAAUAACUUUGAGGGUUUGAUCCCUUUUGAGGUUGGUCAAUUGAGGAAUCUUGGGACAUUAGAUUUCUCACACAAUAGAUUUUCCGGAUUGAUUCCGGAAUCUUUAGGACAAUGCACGAGCUUACAAAAACUUCAUCUUGAGGAGAAUCUACUACAAGGAGGGAUUCCUGCAGGAAUGAGUUCUUUAAAAGGUUUACAAGAUUUGGAUCUUUCAAGAAACGAUCUUUCUGGGAUGAUCCCAGGUUUCUUGGGGAAUCUUGAUCUUGAAAGGUUGAAUCUAUCAUACAAUAAGCUGCAAGGAGAGGUCCCAACAAUGGGUGUUUUCAAGAACAAAUCUUUAGUUUCUGUUGAUGGGAACAAACUCUGUGGAGGGAUUCCUGAGCUGAAUCUUCCUCCUUGUUCACACAUUAGAAAGAAUUCAACUUUGCUUAAGAUCUUGAUCCCGACUGUGGUUGUUGGGGGCGUAGGCCUCGCGUUGUUGAUCAUAUUCAUUGCUUGGAAGCAAAUGAAAUCGCAUAGGAAUGUGACUUCUGCAACCCAUUUCACUGGCAUUGAGAUCAUGAGGCUUUCCUACAACGAUCUCAUGAAAGCAACUGAAGGGUUUUCUGAGGCUAAUAUGGUUGGAUUUGGGAGAUUCGGGUCGGUUUACAAAGGGAUUCUUGAAGAUGGGGAGACACAAGUUGCAGUGAAAGUGCUAAAUCUGUCAGUUAGAGGAGCCUCAAAGAGCUUCUUUGCAGAAUGCAAUUCUUUGAAGAAUGUGAGGCAUAGGAAUGUGUUGAAGAUAUUGAGUGUGUGUGAGAGCAUAGACUUCCAAGGGAAUGAAUUCAAAGCAUUAGUUUAUGAGUUUAAGGCCAAUGGGAGUCUAGAGAAGUGGUUGCAUCAAAGUGGGAAUCUUGAGUUGAUCCAAAGGCUUAAUAUUGUGAUUGAUGUUGCUCAAGCAAUUGAGUAUCUUCAUAUUGGUAUAGGUUCAUGUGUGGUUCAUGGAGAUUUGAAGCCUAGUAACAUACUUUUGGAUGAAGAUAUGGUUGCAUAUGUUGGUGAUUUUGGAUUGGCAAAAAUUAUUUCGGAUUUGGUUUCAACGUCGCAUGAAAGUAGCUCGGUUGCGAUUGCAGGUACCAUAGGGUAUGUUGCUCCAGAGUAUGCAACCAACAACUUGAUUUCCACUCAAGGAGAUAUAUAUAGUUAUGGAAUUCUAAUCUUGGAGAUGUUCACAAACAAAAGACCAACAGACGAGGAGUUUAAGGAUGGUGCAAAUCUUCAUAGUUUUGUUAGUGAUGUGUUGUCAAAUCACACCACUAUUACUAUUGAGGAAAUUGUCAGUUGGAGCAUUGAUCAAAUCAACCCUAAAGUGAAAGAUUGUUUGAUAAGGAUACUAAGGAUUGGGGUAGCUUGUUCUAAAUUUGAGCAAAGAGAUAGAAUGUUGAUUGCCGAUGUUGUCAAGGAAUUGUGUAAGAUAAGAAAUUUCUAUCUCUCUUAA